AUGCAGAGCUUCAUUCUCCCGCCUACUUCACCGUUUUGCGCACUUCUACGACAUCCCUCAUCCGUCAUCGCGUGGUCGUCCACCGAAGCUUCAAUAUCUACAUCAAGUACUCUAGUCCUCUGCUAUUACACCGGGUCCAUGGAUAACAGCACGUUGGUCAUGCUGUUCGGAGUCCCUCCCAGCAAUUUAUUCCGGGCACUAAAAAUUGCCGAGAAGGCUUUGGCAGAAAUGUUGGUUGGGUACGGCCCAGCUCGUAUUGCGUGGUCGUCGCCCGCACAACAAGUGAAGUUGGCGCGCCUUGUGGAGACCAGAGACCCGCUGUUGAAGCACACGUUCGGCUUCAUUGACGGAAAAAAAUCUCCGUGUAAAGCAACCGUCGAACGCAGAUCUCCAAAACGCCAUGUAUAA